UGGGGCGCUCCCGGGGAGCCUCGCCAGGCUGCCUGCCUCCGGAGGGCCUGGGACUGCGGCACGCAGUCAGUGGGCUCCAGGACAACACAGCGAACCCCUGGAUCGUGCUUCGACGGAGGACUUGGGAUUAAGAGAGCCCUCGAAGAGAAGCCCCCUAGGGCCGGGGGGUACCGAGCCAGAAUCUAACUGGACGGAGGGGGAUCAGAGAGGGGAGAGCGAUCGUGAGGUCCCCGCCUGGGUUCCGCUGCUCGUCGGCUGUGAGUCCUCCACCUCAGCGGGUCCCGAGCCCCGCUGGCGGAGUGUCCCCGCGCCCCACCCCUGGCCCCUCGCCAGCCCAGUCUCCAGGACUUCGCCUUAAUUGGUGAUUAGCCUCAGCUGGAGUACCGGGGCCUGGAGGAAAGAAGGGUCCGGCGAGAGGGCGGCACCUGGGCUGUGUUCCCCACAAAGAGCUCCCCAUUCACGCACCCUCCACUGGGGGACCUUGUCCCCCGCCCGCCCUCCUCCCGCAAGGCUUGGGACAGUCCCAACCCCGGGACAUCUUCGUGCAGGCCAAGGCCCCAUCCGCCGCGCCCUUCUCCGCUGCAGAGGCCGAGGGGCGAUCCUGGCAGACCCCGCCGCAGGGCUCAAGCCCCACCCCAGUGCUCCGCAGCCGGAGCCGGAGAUGCGGGAGGGAGGGGGAACCCGGGGGCUGGGGAGCCCCGGCUAGAGGGGAGGGGCGGAGGCGCUGGGGACGUGGAGUGGGAACGUGGUGGUGCCUGGGGGAGGAGGGGUUCGGCUGAAGGGGGAACCGGAGGGAGAGGGCGGAGCUGGGCCGCGGAGGCCCCUCCCCGCGGCGGCCCGGCGGCGGGGCCUGUUAUUCCGCUCGCCGCUCCGCCGGGACCCGCGCCGCGCCAGUGACUCGGGGAGUCGGCCCCCGCCUCCUCCUCUGCCCGGGCCUAGAACCACCCCCAAUCCGAGAGGCCGGAGACGGAGCGGGAGCGGCUGCAGCAUCCCGGCCCAGCUUCCUCCACCAUCCCUCCCCUCCCCGCUGGACAUCUGGACCACCCUGGGCCCCGCACCGGCUCCGGAAACCCUCCCCGCCCAGUUCGGCGGCUGGGCCCCGCGCCGCCCUCUCUGCAGAGCCCCCAGCCCUCUUCCAGACCAGACUUCCGCCUACCCCUGGACCCCCGCUCUCUGUUCCCUCCCUCCCCCCCUCCCCCAGCCUGGAGCGGGGUAGGAGGGAGGGGGGGUGUGCACCCUGCGCCGUCCCCGCCCCCCGUGAUUCCCCCUGCAUGGCCGACCCGGGUGGGAGGUGCGGGGGGGCCCGGGCGCCAUGCGGGGGGGGCAGAAGGAGGGUCGCUGUGCCUGUCCCCAUGUGAUCCGAAAAGUGCUGGCAAAAUGCGGCUGCUGCUUCGCUCGGGGGGGACGUGAGUCCUACUCUAUUGCUGGCAGUGAGGGGAGUAUCUCGGCUUCGGCUGCCUCGGGUCUGGCGGCCCCCUCUGGCCCCAGCUCUGGUCUCAGCUCUGGCCCCUGUUCUCCGGGCCCCCCACGGCCAGCCAGUGGCCUGAGAAGAUGGUUGGAUCAUUCCAAACACUGUCUCAGUGUGGAGACUGAGGCAGACAGUGGCCGGGCUGGACCAUAUGAGAACUGGAUGCUGGAACCAGCCCUCGCCGCAGGAGAGGAGCUGCCAGAACUGAACCUGCUGACCACAUUGUUGGGGGGCCCCGGGGAUAAGACACAGCCCCCUGAAGAGGAGACUUUGUCCCAAGCCCCUGAGAGUGAAGAGGAGCAGAAGAAGAAGGCUCUGGAAAGGAGUAUGUAUGUCCUCAGUGAACUGGUAGAGACAGAGAAAAUGUACGUGGACGACUUGGGGCAGAUUGUGGAGGGCUACAUGGCCACCAUGGCUGCUCAGGGGGUACCCGAGAAUCUUCGCGGUCGUGACAGGAUUGUGUUUGGGAACAUCCAGCAGAUUUAUGAGUGGCAUCGAGACUAUUUCCUGCGGGAGUUGCAGCGCUGUUUGAAGGAUCCUGAUUGGCUGGCUCAGCUAUUUAUCAAACACGAGCGCCGGCUGCAUAUGUACGUGGUGUACUGUCAGAAUAAGCCCAAAUCAGAGCAUGUGGUAUCAGAAUUUGGGGACAGCUAUUUUGAGGAGCUCCGGCAGCAGCUGGGGCACCGCCUGCAGCUCAACGACCUCCUCAUCAAACCAGUGCAGAGGAUCAUGAAAUACCAGCUGCUGCUCAAGGAUUUUCUCAAGUAUUAUAGGAGAGCUGGGAUGGAUACUGAAGAGCUGGAGCAAGCGGUGGAGGUCAUGUGCUUCGUCCCCAAGCGCUGCAAUGACAUGAUGACCCUGGGGAGACUUCGGGGGUUUGAGGGCAAACUGACUGCUCAGGGGAAGCUCUUGGGCCAGGACACAUUCUGGGUCACGGAGCCGGAGGCUGGGGGGCUGCUCUCUUCCCGGGGCCGAGAGAGGCGUGUCUUUCUCUUCGAGCAGAUCAUCAUCUUCAGCGAGGCCCUGGGAGGGGGAGUACGAGGUGGAUCGCAGCCUGGUUAUGUGUACAAGAGCAGCAUCAAGGUGAGCUGCCUGGGACUGGAGGCGAACCUCCAAGGUGACCCUUGCCGGUUUGCACUGACCUCCAGAGGGCCAGAGGGUGGGAUCCAGCGCUACGUCCUGCAGGCUGCGGACCCUGCGGUCAGUCAGGCCUGGAUCAAGCAAGUGGCUCAGAUCCUGGAAAGCCAGCGGGACUUUCUCAAUGCGCUGCAGUCGCCCAUUGAGUACCAGAGACGGGAGAGUCAGACCAACAGCCUGGGGCGGCCAGGAGGGCCUGGGGUGGGGAGCCCCGGGAGAAUUCGGCCUGGAGACCGGGCCCAGCUCCGCACACACACACCCAUCAAUGGCUCUCUCCCGUCCCUGCUGCUGUCGCCCCAAGGGGAGGUGGCCAGAGCCCCCCUGCGCCCAGACACGCAGGCCCCCAGUGCCGCCCCCCAGGCUCCUCAUGACCCUCCUCCAGUUCCACCAGUUCCGGACACCCCUCCCUGCCGAGCCAGACUCGCCAAGCUGGAUGAAGAUGAGCUGUAACUGGUGAAGGCCACGGGGCUGGUGCUGACUCAGCCACUCUGUUCCCCCAGGAACUUCAGGGCAAUCCUUCGGCACCGCUCCAGAAUUCCUCCCUCUUGGUGUGUCUGGAGGGUGGGCAAGGCUGGGAGUGGUGUCAACUUGGAGGAGGGCACCUAGAUUCAAAAAGACUUCUUUCUGCCCAAGGAACACAGGUUCCUUCAGCUCCCACCCCUAUGCAUGCAUCACAGGUCCCCCCAAAAGGAGGAUAUGUGGGUGGGUGGGUGGGAGGGCUGGGGCAAGGGCCAGAUAGAAAUGACUGGUUUUGUUUUUGAUUUUUCUGUUUUCUGAGAAUAAAGGUUUUGUUAUAUCACUAAA